CUUCCUUGUGUAAGUCAGCGUGUCUGAAUGUCUCUGGUCAGGACUGUCCUGCGACACCUUGGGUUCCUACCUUGUGAUUUACUCAGGUCAUGGACAUGUGCUAAUGUUGGUUGUGGCCAGUCAUGGAACCUCCUCCAGCCAAGAAACUGAAACCUACAAUCUCUCCAUGUGAGAACCUAGUUCUAGAAGCGCCUGUGCCACCAUCCUCCUCCUCAGGGCCCCUCUUUGAGGACAACACCUUUCCUCAGGAUAAGGCUCUACACAUUGAUGGAAUCAAGUGGAAGAGACCCAAGGAAAUCUGUCAAUGUCCCCGCUUUAUAGUAGAUGGAGCUACCAGGAUGGAUGUGUGCCAGGGUAACCUGAGUAAUUGUUGGUUCCUCUCGGCUGUGGCCUGUCUUUCUCUGUACCCGCAGCUGCUAGAACAAGUAGUCCCCAUGGAUCAAGAUUUUGGAGAUGGCUACAGCGGAAAAUUUAGAUUCCGCUUUUGGCAGUAUGGACAUUGGGUAGACGUUAUGGUGGAUGACCUUCUGCCUACAGUUCCCGCCCAGAGCAAUGGGAGGACUCAAUAUAAUCUACUUUUUGUGCACUCUAAGGACAAGGAUGAGUUCUGGAGCUCGCUUCUGGAGAAGGCCUAUGCAAAACUGAAAGGUGGUUACUCUGCUCUUCAGAUGGGAUUUGCAGGAGAAGCUUUGGAAGAUAUGACUGGAGGUGUGGUGCAGAGCUGUGAUACCAGUGGCCCAAUGUCAGACUUGUGGAGUCACCUACACAAUAUGCUUGAGCGAGGAGCUCUUAUCUGCUGUGGGAACACUCAGGGAGAAAUUGAAACUUCAAAUCUAAUGGGAAUUCUCAGCUAUCACAUGUACUCAGUGACAGGGGCAAAAGAGGUUCAGACGUUGCGUGGCUCUGAGUCUCUGCUAAGAAUUCGUAACCCCUGGGGACACACCGAGUGGAUCGGGCCUUGGAGAGAUGGGGGGCCCGAAUGGCAGAGUGUAACCGACCCGGAGCAGUCCGAGAAUGUGAUAUUAGAAGAUGGAGAAUUCUGGAUGGCAGUGGAGGACUUCCAAAAGAAUUUCCAUCUUCUGGAGAUAUGUCACUUGGGGCCACAGAGUAUUCUGCGUAUUGGUGCAGCAGCCAAGCCUUGGGAAUACGCCACCUACGAAGGACGCUGGGUGAAAGGACUGUCUGCAGGGGGCAGCCUCACCAGCAGUGAUUAUUACUGGAUGAACCCCCAAUUUUCCCUCAUUCUGGGGAAUAACGAUGAUGAUGACCACCCUGACCCUCAGACAUCAUGCAGCUUUAUUGUAUCCGUCAUGCAGAAGCAUCAGAGGUUACGGAAGACUGGACAUAUCCGUGUAGCAUGUCACAUAUUUCAGGGAGAUGACACCCAUGUGUAUCUAUUCCAAGACGCCCUCCGUUCCUCUCAGCCCCUUCUCAGUGCUGGACCGUGUGAUAAUCACCGGGAAGUUGUCCUCUGCUCCAGCCUGCCACGCGGACGCUACAUAAUCAUCCCAUCUUUAGAGAAGGAGUCUGACGAGGGCGAGUUUCUGAUUCGGGUCCUAACUGAGAAGGGAAACAGUUCCAGGCCAAUGGAGAAUCAAGCAAAUUGCAGUAAUAUUCCGGCGCUUUCUGCAUUCCCCACAGAGGACCAGUGUUUGAGCCGAUUUCUACAGUUUGCAAAUGAGGACGGUCGAGUUAAUAGCGUUCAACUUCACAAGCUUUUGGCUUCAUUACUGAACGAAUUUGUUCCCCUCUUGCCAAAGUUCUCCUUGGAGAUCUGCCGCUCGCUAAUGGCCUCAAUGGAUAUAUCAGCUGCUGGAUCCCUGGCGUUGGAGCAGUUUUGCAUACUUUGGAAGAAAAUCCUAGCUGGAACGUGUAUAUUUGCUAAUUUGCACAAAGACAAGAUUGACAGAAUUUCCGUUGAUCAGCUGGUAGCGGCUCUCCAGUCUGCAGGUCUUCCAGCAGAUGAUUUUUUGGUUCGUUUGGCUCAAGUAAGAUAUGCAGAUCCAGAUGGCUUCCUCAGUUAUCCAGAUUUUAUCUGCUGUCUCCUGAAGCUUCAGAGUCUGACAGAGAAGUUCCAGGCUGCGGACCCCACUGGCUCUGGUGAAGUGACCCUAAACUAUCGUCAGUGGCUGCUGCUGGCUGUAUUCAACUGAUGGAAAAGUUGACGUGAGACAACCCUCUCAAAGGAGCAGCUUUCUCAGGGCUUUCCUACCUCACAGACUGCAUUUCACCCACGCUAUUUAUUUUUACGUACACGUCAGAUCAUUUCAUGAAUGAUCUUCAUUCUGCAAUAUCCCGCAGCUGCCUCAAGAUGGAAUCUGUGAAAAUCUCACAAUAAAUCAAG